AUGUUACUAACAUCGGAGAGUUCCAGCGAACUAGAUAAAGUUACGGAAGGUCUGAAGAACGAAUUCGAAGUCUCAUGCCUGGGGGAUAUUCGCCAUUUCCUCGGCAUGGAGAUUCGGCGUGAAAGAAGUGUAUACACUAUUCGACUACAGAAUUACAUCUCCCGACUACUCGAAGAAAACGGUAUGAGUGAAGCUAAACCAGCCAAGACGCCGAUGGAUCCGAAUUAUAUCAAGACUGAAGAGAAAAGUGAGUUGUUAAAGGAUGUGUCUAAAUACAGGAGCGUUGUUGGGAGUAUGCUGUAUCUGUCUGUUGUGGCACGUCCGGAUAUCGCAAACAGCGCAGCUGUUCUUGGGCGGAAGUUUGCCGCACCCACGGAGCGCGACUGGGUGGCGGCGAAGAGAGUGAUGAGGUAUCUGAAGGGCACAAUCGACUAUGGUUUAAGUUUCGAGGUGAAGAACAGAAGUUGCUGGGGUUUUCGGACGCCGAUUGGGCUGGCGACGUGA